AUGUCAACCAUACCAAGCCCAGAUAUGCGACUGCCUAGCUACGAAGGUCACCUCAUUCUCAAUCAAGCCACGCUCUCGGACAUUCCGCAGACCAGCUCUUGCACCGCUUGGUCUGAACAGUGGUGCAGUCUCGAAGAUGGCAGGUUGCUCGUCUAUCCGGACCACACCGCUGCCAUAGUCAAUCCAGACGAAACAAGUGCCGUCAUCGACAUCCGCGAUUUUGCCUCUGUGCAUGUCUCUGCGGUAUCGUCGGAACAGGCAUUCGAGCUGACACUCUCGACGGCUCCUCCGCCAAGCAGCUCGUCCGGUCGGAUGUUCCUCACAAAGUCGGUCGCAAGCCUCCAUCGGCUCCUGCCCGAUCAAGCUCUGCAUCGGAAUGCUUCCGAGCACAAGCAUCAUCCACCCACAGCCUAUCACGCCCGGGUCAGCAUGCCACCACUCGCUCUCAGUCCGCCUCCGAAGCUCUCGGCUCGUGCCGACAAAGAUCACAGUCGUGGUCUGGCACGCAAGCCAUGGUCAAAAUCCACUUCUGGCUCCGAAAGGCUGUACGGCCCAGCCUCGACCAGCUCGAACGGCAGUCUACGCACCAUGGCUACCAUGCACAUCCGAGAAGGCUCGACCUCAUCCAGCGCAUAUUCCUCUAGCAACUCAAGGACAUCGACCGACUUCGCAUCCAGCGGCGCUCCAUCGCCUCGCACUCCGAUAUCCCCGACCUUUAGCGACUCGACCGAAUGCAUUUCGAUGCGAGUUGCAUCGACAGAUGCUCUGGCUCAAUGGGUUGAGGCCAUCAGCCUGACGAUCAAGAUGCACAGAGAGACUACCGCGACCUCGAUAGUGGUCAAAAAACAGAGGAAAGCAUUGACGCGGCCGUCACUGAGCAGCCUCUCAGGCUUCCGCACGCCCACCAAUUUUCAAUCCCGCCCUGCUUCUCCAAGUCAGGGCGCAUUCGUCGAAGGUCACGAUGACGAGGCUACUCCGAAGGCCUCGCGUGACCGCCGAGAAUCAGCCACAAGCUUCGCCUUCACCCCUGCGGCUUCAAGGAUUCUGCAAGACAAGUCGGAAAUCCGGGCGGCCAACUCAACCAGCGGCUCAAAGCAGCAAGGCCUGCACGCAGUCGCGGUCAGUGCUUUGGACGGCGAGAACGCCUCCAGCGGAGCAUCUCAACGGGGACCUGCUACUGGUCCACACACGCCAACAUCUCUUACCUUUGUCGUCGAUCGGAAGGCUUCCAAACGAGAACGUACGCACAAGCGAUCCCUCUCUCUAGCUUCGUCGUCUUUUUCACUGUCGAGCGGCCGUCGAAUGUCAGGUGAUCGCCGCAGCAGUCUGACGGGCAGGCAGCCGCUUCCCUCCGGCAGCAACGCGAAUCCUCUCGGCCAGGGAGAUGCAGCGAGCUGCGCCGUUGCCCCUUCGCAGUGUGCUGUGGCGCAGCGAACAGAGACUACUCUGGCUACGCAGAAGGUAUGCAUGGCGAUAGAUGACGAAGUUGCUGCCCAGUCGACAAGGUAUGCUUCGGUGGCGACCAGGCACCGCCGAUCUGGCUCCCUAUUGCACUUCGGCUCCAGCCGAGUCAUGGCUUGGCGGGAUACCUUCACAGCAAGCAAUGCUCGUGCACCGGCCGAAGCCCCUCUAGGCCUUGGUCUGCUGUUCGACAAAAGCGACACGAGUGAAAGCAGGCAGACCAGUCUCAGUUCAAGCGUGCAUUCUUUGAGCAAGGGCACGAGUAAACUGCCGAAGAUCAGGUCAUUCCGCUUCUUACCAACGAUCAAGAUGAUCAACAGCGAUGGCGACGCCAGUGCUCUGAAUGACGACGACAUGAGGCUUAGAUCGCCUCGGACACUCCGAUGCGCCAGUGGUGCUCGGUCACCGUCCAUCACGCCGCCACAGGGCCAAGGCAUGUCAAGAACUACAUCGCUGCUCAGUCUCACCAAGAAUGCCCUGAGCUCUCUACGCGGAAAGUCUUCUCGGCCCCACGCCAGCAGCUUUCCCGGGCAAGGUGAAACGCCGCAGACGCCAAAGCGCUCGAGCGAGAGCACGGCGCGUAUAGGUUCUCCUGGCUUCGAGUUCAGCUACGAGCUCGUACAGCCGACGCGGCAAACAGAUUCAAACGGCGCAAGUAUGCGUGAUUCGGUACCAGACAUGGUUCGCACAAGCUCAACACAUACGCCUAGAAUGGUUCCGAUAGCAGGCGAGGAACGCCUCGCGGACGCCGACCGCUCAAUUUCACGAUCAGGCACGGACGACAUGAACGACGCCUCCUCACCCUCUCUCCCCGUCGAGCGCAUCUUACCGCCCGAACAGAUCAUCAGCACCUUCGACCAGCUCCGUGCUGCCGAUCCGACCGGACGCAGCUGCGACUGGCUUGAUCGGAUCGAGACUGCCACGCGGCGCGGAAGCGUAGACUGGGCAGCAGCCGAAACGAGGCCGAAUAGACCGUCGCUGCGAUUGGCUGCUUCUCAGUCGUUCGUCUCGCACGAUGGUAGUUCGGGUCAAGCUAUCGGUCCGCGUUUGCGCAGCUCCAUGUCAGCAUGGAACUUGCCAGCUGCGUCACCGACCGAGCGCCCGACGAGACGAUUCGAUGCUGACGAACGGCAAGCCCCGUCCGCUGUGGGUACGAAUGUCUUCCCGAAGCAGCUGAACGCAUCGAACGCCUGCGAAACACGACACUCGCUUCUAGCUCCACGCUCACUUCCCGCCCCUCCGCGAGCAUACAAGCGUCGCGCACGAAUCAGCACCUUCACUCCCCCUCCAUCGGCACUGCUGCCACCCGCCGAGGUCGGUGCAUCACCCACAAGACGAGCGUCCCCUUUUGCCGACAUGACCAACUCGCCUUCCAGUCGACGCGAUGACAGCCUGCCGAAGACGAUGCACAAGCUGGGGCUAAGCUCGCCCUCGCGUUCGCCCAAGAGGCUCGGUGGCGUGACGAGGCGUCGGUCCGGUAUUGCAAGACGACCAACAUAG